CACCCGACGGACAAUCCAGAUAUGCGAGUCCACCGGCAGCCGGCACCGUGCCAAUCGGCACGAACCCGGGUUCCCAGCCAUGCCACGUCACGUCAACGCAGUGAAACCUUAGUGUGCAGAAUCGUCUUAGCCAUCAUCAGGUGCUUAGCAUCAGGCAGAACCGCUUCAACUCCUUGUCACAAGAAUUUCGAGAAGCCGACAUCGUCAAGCUAUCAGCUCAUCGUGUUGCGGCACGUGGUCGACCUGGCGCACGAGAAGCUGCAAUCCAAGCUUCAGGUGGACAAGCUCCAGGACGAGACCUGGAAGACCUACGGACACCGGCUCAACUUCGCGCACAGGGAGUUCUUCGCUCCGCACGGGCUGGACAACAACCUGUCGCUGCUCUACAGGGGCUAUGAGACGGCUCAUGAGGCGGGCAACGAGGAGGCAGCGUGUCGCCCUACUGCGAACACCGUCGUGGACCGCGUCGUGGCUGCCAAAGCUGAGGACGAUGGGGCGUGGCUGGCCGUGUGGAAGUUCGCAUCCACCGACUGAUGAGGCCUACUAGCUGGCAGUGGCCGGCCGGCUGCUGCUGAAGCGGCCCGAGCAGCUGCCGGCCGCGAUGUCCGCCCUGACAGAUGUGGUGGCGGCGCUGGGGCCGUACCGGCGGGGUGCCAGGGGGGUGCGCGGCUGCUGGCGGCAAUGAGGAGCAGGGGUAGCAGGAUGGCGACGAGGGCAGGGAGUAGGGCACGGCGGCGCAGGAGCAGCAGCGAGGGCGGCAGCAGGCGCAGAGGCAGGGGCAGGGGCGCCGGCGCAGCGGCAGGAGCCGUGGGAGCAGCAACAAUCAACGGUAGUGCUGCUGGUGGUCCUUUUACUGCCAGCAAUAAGCUGCUGAUGGGCUUUGGACACGGCGCGCGCGGAGUCGCUCCGCAGCGGCACAGCAACAGUCGGCCCCGCAGCAGUCCCGGCAGCAGCAACAACAUUAGCAGCAACAGCGGCGGUAGAGGCGGUCGCAGACGCCGCAGCGCUGAGCUCAGCAGCGCACGUCGAGUGCCGAUGGCAUCCCGGCCGCUGCCGCUGCCGUCUCCAGUGCGGGGACCUCGCUCCGCCCUGCCCGGCGCCAAGCCGCCACGUGGCGCCAGCGGCGCACAGGAGGGCAAUGGCACCAAGGCAAAGCAAGCAAAGCCGGAGCAGCUCUUCUGCUGGACCCGGCGGGACGUCGGGCAGUUCGGCCGCUGCGGCUGCGCCUGGUGGCAAGCACGACGGGCGUUGCUGCUGGGGGUGGCCCUGGCUGCGGGCCUGCUGAUGUGGGAGGCGGUGCGGGCGGGGCCAGCGGCAGUGGCGGCAGCAUCUCGCUGGGGGCUCUGGGGGCCGUGAGUAGUGCGGCGGACUUCGACCGGCUGCUGGAGGGCCUGCCGCCGCCGCCCCCGUCGUAACGGCGCCGGCGCCAGCCGCGGGCUGAGCAGUGGGAAGGCAUGCAGGUUACAUGUGGACUGUAUGUGCUUUGGGGGAAGGCCUUAAGCUGUCUGAAGUGCAAGGGCGUAAGGGACCGAGCCUGAUGAAACAAAGCCAGAGCCGCGUUCGUUUAGCAGUGGGAGCCUUGUUGCAGCACUCGGCGCGAUUUGGGGUGCAAGCUUGACGCGUGACUUCUGAGGCUCUUGCAUACGGUACCACUGUACCAGCAGCCGGCGAUCAAGUCAGUGUGACUUGAGUGCUCUUGCUACACUGCCGUCUGCUGCUGGGCUGGAUGAUGCAGGAGGAUAGCUGGAUGGGAAAGGAGAGAGCGUUGUCUCAAAACAAGUCAUGAGCCAUAUCAUGAACGGGCCAUGCAUGUUGCUUUCGACUGGGCUGUACGGUACGGCAGGCGAUGACUUGUUGCGACGUCGGACGCUCCAAUUCUCAGCAGGUCGUAUUCGAUGUGGAUGGACAGGCCGUGAACAGGCAGGGCUCCAAACCUUGCUCCAAACCGGACCCUACCUCGGGCGCAGCGGUCGCUGCUGCGUGUCAAAGCACGGGCUAGGUCGGGUCAGGUCGGGACGUCCCGUACUAUGGUGUUUUGAGGCGAGAAGCCCUAGCGGCUCGGUUAGUCCCUUUGCC